AGUGCCCGUUACCUCCAGCAACUUCCGACUCAAGGGAACAAGCCGGUGGAGAUGGACUUGUUGAGCAUUUUUUAUUUUCUUUUGGUGGCUGCCUUAAUUAUUUUGUCCCUGUGUCUAGUGAUAAUAUAUGUCACAUCUGUAGCUUAUCCUGACUUGGGAAGAUAUGAGAGUGAAAAAUCUUUCCAUGACCCCAAAAGGAAGACAGAGGGUGAAUUUCCAAGCAUCCAUGAUCCGCCCAGCGUCGACUUGACUGUGGUGGUCCCAGCUUACAAUGAAGAAGCAAGAUUAUCCAUUAUGCUGGAUGAAGCUUUAGAGUACCUUGAGGGCAGACAGCAAAGCAACCCGUCUUUCAGUUUUGAAAUAAUUGUUGUUGACGAUGGCAGUAAAGAUAAAACAUCUGAGGUAGCUUUAACUUAUUCUGAAAAGUAUGGUGUAGACAAAGUGCGAGUUCUAACAUUAGCGAAGAACAGAGGAAAAGGAGGAGCCAUUAGAUUGGGUAUAUUUGUGGGUCGAGGCAAACUGAUGUUGUUUGCUGAUGCUGAUGGUGCAAGUAAAUUCAGUGACUAUAAAAAAUUAGAAGUGGAACUGAAAAAACUGAAUGAUCAGAACAAUAUGUGUGUUGUGUGUGGGUCAAGAGCACAUCUGGAAAAAGAUUCUAUAGCUGAGCGUUCCGUUUUCCGAACAUUCCUGAUGUAUGGGUUUCACUUCCUGGUGUAUUUUCUCUGUGAGGGGGUCAAGGACACACAGUGUGGCUUCAAGCUCAUGACAAGGGAGGCGGCCAUUUUACUUUUCUCAAAUUUGCACGUUGAAAGAUGGGCAUUUGAUGUAGAUAUGUUGUAUCUAGCUCAACACUUCAAGAUUCCUAUUGGAGAGGUAGCAAUUGCAUGGCAAGAGAUUGAAGGUUCAAAAAUGGUUCCGUUCUGGAGCUGGAUGCAGAUGGGUCGAGACCUGCUUCUUAUACGUCUACGGUACAUACUAGGUGCCUGGAAGAUCAACAGUAAACCAAAGUCAGCAUAGAGUUGUCUCCCUUGCCUGUUACGUUCGUUGCAUCUACUCUAAAUGUCGUGUAGGCAGCUACUUUAAAACAAAACUUUCUUUUUCUGAAAAACGGAGUUGUGUUCAUGCAGUUUAAAAACUGUUUCUAUUUCUAAUUUGGCUUUAAUGCCAGUUUAAAUGGGUGGAUUUUAAAUAAAAAUCCUGUUUGGUUGUUUUUCACAUCUGUUCAUUAGAUUAUGUUCUUGCAUUCAAGAUGUUGUUUUUGUUUUCUUAUUGCUACAUUGUUGAUGUUAAUAUGGACAUGUUUUCCCAUUUGUUUAAAAUGAAUGUUUUUGCACAAAAUUUAGACUAUCCUUCUUUACAAUCUUCAAAAUCGUUUUUUCUGUGUAACCCUUUACCACUGGUUAGUAAAUUUUGAUGAAAUUAAAUUUUAGGGAAUUGUUAUUAAGUUGGCCGAGUACAAGUUGGACCAGAAAUACUUAAGUACUUAGUGUAGAAUCUAAUGUUUUCAACAUUUGUAUAUAGGUACAUGAGAGUUGUGUUGUAUACUAAAAGAGACCAUCUAAUUCUUUCAUAUUACUAGGGUUAUCGAUUAUUACAGAUUACCUGUAGCUAUAUGAAACAAUGUGGUGGUCACAAGUUUUUGUAAGUAGUACAUAUAUGUUUAAGAUUUGCCCAUAUUUCUAGUUGAUAUUAAUACACAAAUGUAUAAUCUUAUCUGUAUCCUCAAUAUUUAUGCAAUUUUUAAUGUAAGAAGAGUAUUUUUAAAAUGUAUGUGCUAAUUCAUUGAAAGAAUGAAUGGA